UCGCUGCUGAGCGCGGGUCACGUGGUGAAGGAGCGGUGGCGAGUGGUGCGGCGUCUGGGCGGCGGCGGCUUCGGCGAGAUCUUCGAGUGCGUGGAUCUGUCGACCCAACAGUUGGUCGCUCUGAAGGUGGAGUCGACGUCGCAACAGAAACAGGUCUUUGUGGUCGACUCUCCCGUCACACCCCCUCUACUCCACCCGCAGGUGCUCAAGAUGGAGGUGGCGGUGCUGAAGAAGCUGCAGACGCAGUCGCAGAACGUGUGCCGUUUCAUCGGCUGCGGACGCAACGAGCGCUUCAACUAUUGCGUCAUGACUUUGUUGGGCAGGAAUUUGGCCGAAUUGCGGCGCUCUGUCCAACACAUCCACCAGAAGCCCGCCUUCUCGCUCUCCACAGCCCUCCGAUUGGCGCAACAGAUUCUUCACUGCAUUCAAUCCAUUCAUUCCAUUGGUUUCCUCCACAGAGACAUCAAACCGUCGAACUUCGCGAUCGGCCGCUCGGAAGCGACGGCCAAACGGGUCUUUAUGCUGGACUUCGGUCUCGCGCGACAGUACAUCAUCUCCAACACCAACGAAGUGCGUCCGCCGCGCGUCGCCGCCGGCUUCCGCGGAACCGUUCGCUACGCGUCGGUGAACGCGCACAAGAACCGCGAGAUGGGGCGACACGACGACCUCUGGUCCCUCUUCUACGUUCUCAUAGAAAUGGUCAACGGAUCGCUUCCGUGGCGUAAAGUCAAGGACAAGGACUCCGUGGGACUCAUGAAGAGCUCUUUCGACCACAAACUCCUUCUCAAGCAUUUGCCGCAAGACUUCCGCCAAUUCCUCGAACACAUAGAGUCUCUUCAAUAUCUCGAUUCUCCCAAUUAUGCGCUCCUGAACUCCAUCUUCGAGCGCGCGAUUCGGCGCCGCGGCGUCAAAGCGGACGAUCCGUACGACUGGGAGUUGUUGCGCGCGAACGCCGACCUCAACGCCGAACUCCACGAGACGUCUGUCGGCUACUAUUCGGACGCAAACGCCGUCAACGCCGACAAAGACAAAGCCGCCGCCGCGCACACGCCCGUCCUCUCGGGCCACGCCCUCUCCCAGGAGAACGCGAAGGAGGCGCCUCCCAGUGCCCGGAGGACGACCUCCUCGGAGGCGGUGGUGACGUCACCGCCGUCGGCGACCAAUCGGCAGUCGGUGUUCGACCCGAAGGCCGACUUCUCGCAAAUGACGCAAAUGAACGCAUGCGCGGACGAGCUGUCGGUUCGGCCGCAAAACGCGCGCGAACUGCAGGACUGCCGCCGAAACGUCACGCAAUACUGCGUCUCGAAUUUGUGGGAAAAGAGCGUCGCUUUGAAUGACGCCGACGAUGACGCCCAAGACAUCGAUUUGGACGACAGGCGCGAGGCGGCGCCCGAGGAGGGGGUGGGAGGUGGCGGCGAACCCCCCGAACGCCGCUUCUCCUCCAAUACGUAUCCGAUUUGCAAACAUUUGUUAGGAUUUCGUUCUCAAAGUCUCACAGAAUUGAAGUUCUUUUCCAACGAUUUGUGUUUCGAGAAAAAGUCUUUCAAAAAACCCAUUCUUUCGAAGAGUUUUCCGCAAAUGCUUCCGAAGAACUGCUUCUUGUGGACAUCGGUGGACAACUUGUGUCUCAUCUCUAGUCACAUCCGACCGCAAACGCCGACUCAAGCGCUGGAACCGCUCUUGGAAAGCGUCGCGCGAAUCAGAAAACGAUUCUUUCGAUAA